GAACGCGAGCCGGACUUCCUGGACAGCGUCGAAGGCGAGAUCUCGUUCUUCCGUUCGGUGUCGCGGGCGCGGCCCAUCGGCGUACACAGGCACUUCCACGUUCUCGCCAUUCGCAAUGCCAUCCUCAGGGAUACGGGCCACCCGCUUAAGGUCGAGCGCAUCUGGGAGAAGCUGCGCGAGUGCUAUGACCUCGACGGGCUCGAUGGAUUCCACGUGAACGAAAGCGCAUUCGAGUCUCCCUCGUCCUCGCACUCCAACAGCCCCCAACCGGGCGAGCGCGAGCGCGUCUCGCCCUCGGAGAACCUCUUCAUCCACCCGCACUUCCACAAAGAGUACGCGCUUCCGCAUGACGAGGCCCUCGAGGCAAUCGUCGUCGAACGCCGCAUGCGCGAUACACCUUCCAUCCCAUCCUCGUCCCGCUCCGCCUCGCCGACGCCCCAGACGCCCGCGGCUACGGAGAAGGAAGCGGGCGGCGCUCCUACGCCUGCAGCAGGAGGCACGGGGCGCGGGAGAGGUGGGCGGCGCGGGAAAGGGCGCGGACGGGGUGCGGACAGGGCCAAGGGAAGAGUAGAUAUGGCGGGGCUUGUCGCAGGGGACAGCGACAGCAGCGCGCUUACCCAGGAGAGUGCGGACGAGGGUCCACCGGCGACGUCCAGGGGGAGCGCCACCGGUACGGAUGGAACAGAAUACGCGGAAGACGAUGAACCUGAGGUACAGGAG